CGCGCUCGAGUUUCAGUUCGAGAGAACCUUCCAAACGGGUCGGAUCGGAUCGGUGUCCGCGUCGUUGUCGUCGUCGGUUCCUGUCCCUUUUCGCGCGAGGGUGUGAGCUUAGAAGUUAAGUGAUCGAAAAGUGUCCCCAAAUUGGGAGUCUGCUGAAGGGCAGCAGAGAUUCGCCCAGCCCCCGGAACACGGUUCCAGACGGGGUUGUGUGUCAGUGCCAAAAAGGAAGAGAAGCAAAACAUUCCCCCCUCCCCCCUUGGAGCAAGUGUCCAGAGCGGAGGAGGAGGAGGAGGUAGAGACGGCGGCAGGGCCCCACCCCGCCCUUUUGGAUUAUAGAUUGCUACGAGUGAACCGGAACAAUUCCCCGUGCUGGAACCAUGGAGCAGCAAAUCGAGAACAUUGUGGGCUCGAACGCCUACUACGAUGGGAGCCGAGUUUUUGCUUGGCUCGCGAAUCUGUGCGGAUUAUCCGUUGAUUUGGUCAACUUUCUCAUCACGCAGUUUCUGGCGCUGAUCCUCGCGUCCGUGUUCCGUUCCUAUCUGCACCCGUCGAAGGUGACGGCCAGCACGCGGCACGCCAUCGGGCUCGUCAUCGGGCUGUUCUUCGGGUACUUUUGCUUCGGCCAGCAGGCCAUCCACAUCGCAGGGCUGCCCGCCGUCUGCUAUGUCGUCAUACGCACGCAGAACCCGCAGAUCGUGCAACGGCUGGUCAUGGUGGUCGCGCUGGCCUACCUGUCGUGCAUCCACCUGCACCGCCAGUACUACGACUACGGCUCGUACUCGCUGGACAUCACCGGCCCGCUGAUGAUCAUCACGCAGAAGGUGACCAGCCUGGCGUUCAGCAUCCACGACGGCUUCACGCGCGACAUCAAGGACCUGACGGCGAGCCAGCAGCAGCACGCCAUCCAGAAGCUGCCAUCGGCACUGGAGUUCUUCUCGUACACGCUGCACUUCCAGGGCCUGAUGGCCGGGCCGCUCAUCUUCUACAAGGACUACAUCGACUUUAUCGAGGGCUAUCACAUCCUGAAGCAGACGGCCGCGACCAACCAGGCAAAGUACGAAAUCGAGAAGAAGAUUGUGCACGAACCGUCGCCGGUGAAGGCGGUCGUCAGGAAGGUGAUUGCCAGCUUGGUUUGCGCGUUGAUCUUUAUCAAGUUUGCCACCAUCUAUCCCAUAAAGGCGAUGAAAGACGAUGGCUUUAUCGGCGAGUCCGGCUUCAUGUACUCGUUCUGGUACAUGAUGAUGGCCACGACGGCCGUCCGCUUCAAGUACUAUUUUGCGUGGCUGAUGGCCGACGCCAUCUGCAACUGUUCGGGCUUUGGGUUCAACGGGUACGAGCGGGACGGCGUCACGCCCCGUUGGGACAUGGUCUCGAACAUUGACGUGUGGGCGUUCGAGUUUGGCACCAACUUCCGGAACUGCAUCAACGCGUGGAACACGGGCACGAACCGGUGGCUCCGGAUGGUGGUGUUUGAGCGCGUUCCGAAGCGGUUCGGCACGGUGCUGACGUUCAGCUUGAGCGCCCUGUGGCACGGAUUUUACCCGGGAUACUACAUCACGUUCGCGACCGGGGCAUUCAUCGUGAUGGCGGGACGGGUCGCCCGGAGGUUGUUCCGCGACCGCUUCCAGCGCACGCCCUUCAGCCGGGCCUCGUACGACGUUCUGACCUGUCUCGUGACGCGUGUUUUUAUGGGUUACACCACAUUUCCAUUCGUUUUACUCGAGUUUAAGGCUAGUCUUCGUAUGUACCUGAAUGUUUUUAUGUGCCUUCAUCUAGUCGCUGCGAUCACUGUAUUUAUUUUAACGAAAUUUGUACCACGUGACGGCGAACGGGCACGCAAGGGGGUGCGUUCGUCCAACGAGGCCACCGCCGACGUCGCCGCCGGGUCACCGCCGGAAGGCUGCUCGACUGCGGACAAGAACGGAAUGACCACCAACGGUAACGCCCUCACCACCACCGCCACCUCCGCCCCGCUCGUCAACGGAAAGGACCACCCGAAACGCGAACCCAUCGCCGCAGCAGCUACCACAACCGUAACCAGUAAGACUGACAGGGAAAGUGAUAAUCUAUCCAAUCUAAUCAAGGAAAAGAUCGAACAAGAAACGCGCAACAUCAAGGAACAGAUCGACAAAACCGUCACCGGCUUCGUCGAGCUCAAGGAUGACCUCAUGCGGAUGAACGAAAACAACGAGAUAUUCAUCUCGGCCGAGUCGCUGCGCAAACGGCAAACGGCGGCGACGAAAGCGGCCGAGGCCCACCACAACGGUUCGUCGGACCACCACAACAACCACCUUCCCUCCCGCCAUCUUCCGGGGGCCGUCGACGGGUUCCUUAAGAAGGAGAUCGACGCCCUGAACGCGUUGUCGACGCAGGUCAACGUACUACCUGCCGUUCUCAGCAAUGGCCAUGCCAAAUAAUAUUCUUCCACCCGGACGGCGCUGAAGAAACUUUGAGCGGCUGGCGGCUCCCAGAGCCGCGCCCGAUUUUUUGUGCGAUCAGAGGAAAUUUUUCCUCUCUUCCUUUUUAUUACAGAACAAACAAAAUAUUGAAAGAAAAAAAAAACAAUUUGAACACACUGCAGCUAGUAACGUGCGCGCACACAACUAGAAACAAAAAAGGGCGCAAGCACAAUAUACAUAUUUGCAGAAAAGAAAGAAAAAAACUAACAACUAAGAUUAUAAUGAUAAUGAUAAAAACAAAAAGAAACUAGAUAUUUCCAAGCAUUACAAUUAAAAGUAAAAAUUACUACAAAGCAAAAAGUAACUAAGAAGCACACACAACCAGAAACUUACACAAAAAGGAUUUAAAAAAGGCCCAGUAAAGGCAACUGCAUGUGAAGUGAAAGUGGUGCGAAGAUUGUCAGUAAACUGCCCCCCAGAAGGGGGGUCCUCGUGGCCAGGGUUUAGAGAGCGCAAGCAUAGGAGUUAAGAGAGAGACAGCAAGUAAACAACACACAAACUAUUGUUAGAAAGGAAAAAGUGGAAACUAAAGAAAAAAAACUAAUAAAACAAAAUCGUGACCAGCGAAAUGAUGUGUGCGUAACGAGA